GAUAUGCGAUGACGUAUGGACAACAAACAGUUGUUGGACUUGAGUAAGCUAACGUUAGCUAGCACAAGGACGAGGAGAAAACAGCAUCUUUACAUCCAAGCGCUUCUCGGGGAACGUCAAUAAGCGGCAUGUCUUUGUUUUAAAAUAACAACCAAAAAGGAGAUUAUUGUUCAACAGUUAAAUCAUUUGGGCACGAGAACGAAACAUGCUCCGGACUAUGACGCUUGUUUUUUUCCUUGCCUAGUCGAGGAUUGUGAUGCGAGGUGCUUUGGUGAGACCGCGAACGACAUUCGGAAAUUAUUUUUCUUGAAAUAGAAUGAUUGACUCGAAAACAAAGCAUUUGGGUUUACCGAAAGGUGCAUAAAACUACACCGGUCUAGAUGUCAUUGUUGGGCAACUACUUUAGCUAGCUUCAUGCACAUGAAAUAGUAUUUUGCUAACGUAAUGGAGGCACCGUGGGUACAGUUUUAGCUAGCUGGUCACCCAAAAUAUAGCUAUAACGUUAGCUAGCUUCCACAUCCACUUUUAGAGUGUGCUGACCAACAAAAGACAGAAUACUGUAACAUAAAACGGCUAUCUAUGCACUUUGUUGAUAUCUAUCGUGGUUACCUAGCGUUAAGUUAGCUAGCCAAACAAGUAAACUAGGUUGAGACUAGCAGCAGAAUACAUUGUUUCUUGGUUAGGAGGAUUUGUCACGGUCGUUUGACACGAGGUGUUGCCUUUACCUCUUGGUAAUUUCACAACAAUUUACCGUUCCUGGACAUGUGAUAUGGUCAAUUUAUCAAAGGUUUUCUGAAAUUACAAUUUCAGGCUAUAAAUAUUCUGAACUGCAGGCACUCAUCACGUGUCAAACAGUUACAUUUGCUUGCUUGAAAGUUGUCAAUAAUAUGCGAAAUUAUCUAUUGAAAUAGUUGUGUGUGUGGGCACAAAUAGCUGUUUUGUCAAUCAAUUACGUUAACACUCAAAAAGCACUUAUAUUGACAAAGUUGUAAACAUUCUUGAUGAAAGCACUUAUUUGACAAAUUAUGUUAGCUAUUGAAGAAUCAAAGACCAGCAUUCAAAGGCUAGACUGACAUCUACUCAGAAGGCAUCACUUUAAAUAUCUUGUGUCAAGUACAGAGUUCUCGAAUCCAGUCAAUUGCCAACACUAUCUUCCUGGAAAUGAAAAUAUGAAUGUCGAGGAGCAAGCUCUAGAUUUGUGCAAUGUCAAAAUGAAGAAUAAUGUUGGUGACAAUACUACCAAUAACUCGCAAGAGAUCCUACCCCGGCUCUCGGAACUGAUGGAUGGAGAUUUGUGUAAGCAAGGCAUUGGCAACGAGGCUGCCAACACGUCCUCUCUAGCCAAGCUCACAGACAACCCACGAAGGGAGGACAACCACCGGUCAAAAGAGACACUAGAAUUCGAUGAAGUGAAUGGGAAUAAGAACAACAGCGUCCCAGAUACCCCUGCAAUAGUCAGUUCUGACUUUGAGGUUUAUCAUGACGACCAACGCCAAGAAGAGAGAAUCAAGGAUACAACACCAUUGGCCCUUAUGUUUGCAAUUGAGGAAGGGGAUGAUGGUGGGGAUAUGGACAUUGGUGUGGAUUUGAGUCUGGAUGAAAGUGGCAUCUUGGAGUCAGAACCUGCUGACCAGGGACCAUCCCUAGCAAAGGAGACAUCCUCAAGCAGUACCAAUCCAGAUUCAUCAACUCCAGACGUUGUCACCGACAAGGAACCUGAGAAACCCUCAGAACAGGAGGACUCUCCACCUGUCACUGCCCCGGGAGAGGUCCUCUCUCCAGCCCUGGACGAGGGGGAUGAUAACCACAAAAAUGGCAAGAGGGUGACUUUUCCUUCAGAUGAGGAUAUUGUCUCUGGAGCAGUGGAGCCCAAGGACCCUUGGAGACAUGCCCAGAAUGUGACGGUGGAUGAGAUUCUCUCUGCCUACAGACAGGCCUGCGUGAAACUCAACUGUAAACCCAUCCCCAAAGUGCUUAAACAGAUGCAGGAGCUGAAAGACCUAACUCAUCGAAAUGAAUGCCUGGACCUUAAAGGUGAGAAGCUGGACUAUAAGGCGUGUGAGUCCCUGGAGGAGGUGUUCAAGCGGGUCCAGUUUAAAGUGGUGGACCUGGAGCAGACCAACCUGGAUGAAGAUGGUGCGUCCGCUCUCUUUGACAUGAUUGAGUACUAUGAGUCGGCCACACACCUCAACAUUUCCUUCAACAAGCACAUCGGCACCCGCGGCUGGCAGGCCGCAGCACACAUGAUGAGGAAGACGAGCUCUCUGCAGUACCUGGACGCCCGCAACACACCCCUGCUGGAUCACUCUGCCCCGUUUGUGGCACGGGCGCUCCGCAUCAGCGGCAGUCUUGCUGUGCUGCACCUAGAGAACGCUGGGCUCUCUGGACGACCACUAAUGCUGCUGGCCACGGCUCUGAAGAUGAACAUGAACCUACGGGAGCUGUACUUGGCUGAUAACAAGCUGAACGGCCUGCAGGACUCGGCACAGCUGGGCAACUUGCUCAAGUUCAACUGCAACAUCCAGAUACUGGACCUCCGCAACAACCACAUACUGGACUCUGGUCUGGCCUAUGUCUGUGAAGGCCUGAAGGAACAGCGGAAAGGCCUGGUCACUCUGGUGCUCUGGAACAACCAGCUAACGCACAACGGCAUGGGCUUCCUCGCAGCUGCACUGGUAAACACACGCCGCAAACCCUGUACCCAGAGUUUGGAGACCCUAAAUCUGGGCCAUAACUCUGUGGGGAACGAGGGGGUCCACAAGCUGAAGGACGGUCUGAUCGCCAACCGCUCGGUGCUCCGGCUGGGCCUGGCGUCCACCAAGCUGUCUUGCGAGGGUGCCGUGGCGGUGGCUGAGUUCGUCGCCGAGAGCCCCCGGCUGCUGCGUCUGGACCUGAGGGAGAACGAGAUCAAGACGGGGGGCCUCAUGGCCCUCUCCCUGGCCCUCAAAGUCAACACCUCCCUCCUACGCCUCGACCUGGACCGAGAGCCCAAGAAAGAGACUGUGAAGAGCUUCAUCGAUACGCAGCGUUCCCUGCUGGCUGAGAUCCAGAACGGCUGCAAGCGGAACUUCAUCCUAGCCAAGGAGAAGGAGGAGACCGAGCAGCAGAUGCAUUCGGCCUCCAUGGCCGAGAUCGCCACCGAGGACAGAACCAUAGAGGAGGACGGAGCUGAUUCCGGCGAGCAUGUUGAUAACGAUGGGAAAGACAGUGAGUGUGAGGGAGGAGAGGAAGGAGUGAAAGACACUGAGCGCCUGACUGAAAGCCAAUUGGCAGCGAGCUCUGAGGGAGUGGUGUUGCCUUUGCUUUCGGAGUCCGACUCGGACACGGACGACGAAGAGGAGGAAGAGGUGGUUCUCUCUAAAGCUCCCUCCGUCUCCCCAGCCCCCAAACACACUGGUCCUUCAGUCCGGGCGGCGACAACUCAGCACCCCCUCAGUGCCUCACAGACGCCCCCCGCCCCCUCUGCCUCACCAGCUACGGGGUCUGUCAUUUCAGGGAUCACCGUCACAGAGUCCACGGGGGCCCCCGGUACGCCCCCCUCGCCGGGCCGCUGUAUCUCUGUGUCGAGCCCUGGGAGGGGCCACAAGAUCUUCAUGGUGACCAGAGUUGAGAGCUUCUCUGACCAGCAGCAGGUCCUGGGGGAGAUUGGCCUGACCAAGCCCCAGGUCUCCAAAGAGCCGGUGGUGUCACUAGUGAAGGAAACCACACAGCAACCACAUCCUCCUUCACAACCCCCACAGGAGGAGGUGAGAACACAACCCCAGGCCACGCCCACACCACUGACACAGGAGGAGGUGACACACAGCCUGCCAGAACAGACACAGCCCCAGGCCACGCCCACACCACUGACACAGGAGGAGGUGACACACAGCCUGCCAGAACAGACACAGCCCCAGGCCACGCCCACACCACUGACACAGGAGGAGGUGACACAGAGCCUGCCAGAACAGACACAGCCCCAGACCACGCCGACACCACUGACACAGGAGCUGGUCCAGAGUUCAGACGAACCACAGACGGUCGAUCCUAAACAGACGGAGCAGAGUCCUGUUGCGCCAGAGCUACCCCCUUCAGAGGAGACCGUAGUAGAGACUCCUAAUGACCUGUCGGAGACGCUAGAACUACCAUCCAACCUCCUAACCCAGCCCAAAGAGGAGGAAGUGGAGGGCGUUCUAGACCGUUCACAACCUGUACUGGCGGAGCAGAGCCCAUUAACAGCAGCCCAGCCAUCACACUCACCCUCCCUUCCUACAGAAGUAGCAGCAGCAACACUAGCAUCACCCCAACAGACGGAGCAGAUGGUAGAGACAGCUACAGAGCCCCAGCUAGAACAGUCUGCUGUUGAGCAGCAGUCCACUGAAGCUGCGCUGGAAGGAGAGGAGGUGGUGGUUGUGGAAAAGGAGGAGAGUCAGGACCCAGUAGAAGAGACACUUUGUGAACAGGCGGAGUCUCAAACCAACACAGAGGAGGAAGAUGAGAUGCAGUCAGAACGGCUUCCACAGCAGGACCAGAGUCCGGAACAUGCUCGUGACACAGUUCAGCAACCGUUAGCGCCGCAACCGUUAGCACCUCAGCUAGCUACACAGACUAACACGAAGCCCCUGGGGAGUCUGCUUCUAACAGCACCGCUCCAGUCACAGCCUGAAACAGUGCAGCCAGACUCUGAGCUUCUGGCCCCGCAACAGGAACCGGUAGAGACACUUCCAUGGGCACAGCGACAGGUGGCGCCAGAGAGUCCGUCGGAGCAGGGAGCCACGGAGAGUGUAGCAGAAGCGGAACAGGAACUGUAUCUGUCGGAGGAACAGCAGCAACUAGCAAAACAGGCACUUCCUGUGCAGGUGGAACAGCAGCAACAACAACAUCCUGUUCUAGAGGAACUACAGAAGCAGCAGCUUCAACCAGAGGGGCAAUCACAGACCACUCUUCCCGCUGAGCCCUCACCUGUUCCAGCCGAGACAGACACUUCCCUGGAGGUGGAGGGCCGUAGCUCCCCUCCCAAGGCAGAGGAGUCCCCAGACGAGAGCUCCACGGACGAGGGGGAGGAAGUGGUGGGCUCAGCCCUUCCCAACGGCCUGAAGCCAGAGUUCGCCCUUCACCUGCUGGACCCUGAGGGCCCCAAGCCUGGGCCUGGCAGCUGUGUGAUGGAGCACGUGAGUGUCACAGCAGAGCUGAGCUGUGGUCAGGACCUGGAGGAGCUGUUGCUGGAGGCCAGCCUGGAGACUGGAAGAGACGCACCAUAGCUGUGUCAUGGAAUCGUCCCCUGCAGUGUCUCCAGCAACGCUCUGGAACACCCAAACCACCUGUCAUCUGCCAAAAGCACACGGUCUCAGUUCACAAAUGAUGUUGGGUUUCCUUUAAGAAUCAGAUAGCGGAGUUACUCCAAUCUAAAGCUUUCUGGGAACCUCUGUAAAUGUUGGAUAACAAAAUGUCUGCCUUUGACGGAGUGAUGCCGUUCAUUACGGAGAAAGUCUACCGUUUUUUUUUUUCUUGUCUUUUUCUCGACUGGACAGUUAUCAGACGUUCUAUUCCAGGUGGAUUUUUUUUGUUUGUCCGACCCAGAGUGAUUAAAUGUGGUGUGACACUCAAUAGGAGUAUAAAUAAAAAGCAGUCCUCCAUCUUUCUUUGUCUUUUGUUGGUACAACACUGUGCCAUCUCAUUUCCCAACUCAACACAGGAUAAAUGUUGCCUUCGACUCGACUAGGUUUAAUUUCAUCUCUUUUUGUUUUACUGCUUGGAGAAAUCAGUCAUUUUGUAUUUAUUUUAUAGUUGUAUGAGCCUUCGUGUGAUUUAUUUUUCUCCCCUUCUCUUCCUCAUUUUAUUAGUUAUUUUCCAUGGGGUUUGCUUCUAAAGAUUUCCCCAUUUUUGGUGUAUAUUUCAGAUUCAAAUUAGAGCAAUUAUUACGUUUAUUUUUAUUUUGGGGGGGGUGGGGGUAUGGGGUAGAUGAGAGUAUGCUGGGUGGCGGGAUCAACGGAUAUGGCAAUAGGGAGGGGGGGGGGGAAGAGUGCAGUUGUGAAAAUGAACGUUUUCCUAAGGAGGAGCUAUGUGAGUGAUUGUUCACAUCACUCUGAUAAAACGCUGACUGAGAGACUUCCUGUGUUGAAACUGUACAUCUUAAACAGCGCUGUGCUAAGACCACAAGGGAGCGCUGGGGAUAUUGGUGUUUUCCUUGUAGGCCAGGAGGACAUUGAUAUAAACAGGUGGGUGAACGUUUGAGUGAACACAGGGGUCCCUCAGUCUUAUACCAUCUUGGGACAUAUAUGAGCCUGAAUGCCCAACACUGUGAACCUAUGGCCCAGGUACCAAGGGCACUAUUUAACCGGUAUCUAGAAGGUUCCAGGGUAAGGCAAAAAGGUGCUUUCUUACAGUGCAAGAAGAAUACAGGUUUGUCUCAGCUGCGGGAUCCUCUGGAUAUAGGUUUUGGUUGAAUAGAGCCCCUUGUCUCAAUCCCACUGUUCUGUCUCCCCUGGUCAACCAGGUUGUUUCUCAGCCCAGGUAAUCAUGUCUGUGCUGCCACCGCUGUUUGUAAUGCUUUAAUUUUUAGUAAUUUUUAAUUAUUUGUUAAAUUAAUUCGAAAUGUGCUGGUAAUCACAGAUAUGUAUGGCAAAACAUUUUUGUUCCUCUCUCAAAUAAAUGCAUGUACUGACUAAUGAAGUGACAGAGUGUUUCACUGAAAAUACUCUCUUUGGGAACUGCAUUGAUUUAUUGGAUGUUCUGCAUGGAAAUUAUUUGGAAUUUUCGGAAAAUAUUUAAUUUGACGGACCAUCAUUUAGGACAAAGUACUGUAGGUCUGAAAGUCUAUUUUGCACUGCUAUUCCGCUGGUUAGUACCAUCCCAUCAACAAGCAAAUGAAAUGCUGCUAGUGUUUCCAUGUUAAUCUCUUUUUUUUUCUUUUUUUUUGUGUACGUUUUAAGCGAAUUAGCCAAUGGCCAUAUUCCAUUUAUUCAGAUGUAGAGAAGAGGAAUUUAUUGGUCAAGGUGACAUGGACCUAAAAUGUCUUUCUAUACGAGGAAGGAAAUGGUAUGGCUUUAACUGACAAUGUCACAGCACAUCAGUUUUAGAGACUCAAUCAAGUUAAAAAAGGUCUUUGUAGGAGGCCUUUGGUAGUGUUUCAUAAGCCUGCUCCAAGAGUGUUCUAAGCCACAUUUUAACAAAUUCUGGAGCUUUGAGACAUUAGAACCAGACUAGAGAGAGAAGGAAGGAAGGAAGGCAGGGAUGGAUGGAUGGAUGGAGUGAGAGACUGCCUAUGCAAAAUGACUAUCACCUUUGUUGGUAUCAGGUUGGUAUGAUGAUCUCUGGUGCGUCAGAGAUAUGGAAUAAGAAUACUGUGUAUCUCAAUGGGUGUUGUCCUGUCGUCUUUUCGUUCUGAUGGGAUGUGACCUGGUCUGAGUUGUAUUAGGCAAGGUGAUACUGCUUUGUAUUGAAGGAAUUAAGAGGCUUAAUGUAAUGUUACCUGUCAGAGAUCUAAAAGACAAAAGUAGUAAUCCACUUCACACAGAAUCCACGGACACAAUGUGGAACUGCAAUAACAAUGGUGGAAAUCUGAUUCGCAUACCAGGUCCAAGGCCCAGUACAAGAGCUGACCGAUAGCUUGGCCAGGCUAGUGACCCCUCUUUCAAGAGAGGUAUUGAGAGAACAGGAUCUGUUUUGGAUACUUGCCAUUGUUUUUAUCUCAUUUCAAAGUAUUCUAUGGAUUUCUAUCAUGUUUUUUUCUCUAGUUUUUGUUUUGCCAAUAGGACAUGUGUACUGAUAUAGAGAUGGUUCUAAAAAAAAAACAUUGAGACCACUCGGACCAGCAAUUGCGUACUACUAUGACAUGGCAUGCUUGAAGUAUGGAGUGGCAUCUUGGCCAAGCAUUCAGUACUAUUCUGGUAUGGAUCUUAUUCUCUACUAUGUCAAGACUCAAUAGGUCCGUCUUUGCAUCAGAUUUCAGGAGAUGGCAUGGCUCAAUCUGAACUUUCCAAAAAUGUGACCAAACUUUAAGAUGGGACGUUGAGGGGUGAGGCGGUUCACCGCUCCCCUCGGAGACAGGCUCAUGGGGCGAGGGGAUUGUGUGUGGGGGGGGAUUCUGUUCUCUUUUUAUUAAUAAUUCUGUUCUGAAGGAAUUCCAGCCAAUACUAAUUCAACCCCACCCUCCCACCCCCCAGGUGCUUAUAUGAAGAAAGAUCAUGAGAGAGGAAAGUAGGGGGGGCUAGAGAAAGCCUUAAACAUAAACGUCAUAAGCGAAACUCAGCAUCUGCAAAGCUCCCUGAAUUACAGAGAGUAAAAAUACAUUUAAGGGCCAUUCUCUUUCUGUACAGUAGACAUGUGUGAUCUGAUUGGAUAGAGAGACUAAGGGCAGGACCUUCUGGAAUAAACUUAACUCCACACCCAUGCUAACAUUAACAUGUAAUAGCUCAUUUUCCUUCAUGUUUAUUCCCUUUCCUACUGUAUCUAUGCAAGUAUUUCUUUUGUUCUACUUUUCCCCAGCCCAAACGGCCACCCAUGAAAAGGCUUAAAUCCACAAGGAAGGCAACACUGAAAACUAAUUAAAAGUGACCUUCAGUUCUAAGCCUGCUUUUCUCAGCUUCCCCGUUCACCUUUAAUUUCAGUAAACUUAGAAGUAGUGCCGUGGCUUUCUGCUCCCAGUACACCUCACCUGAAAUAAUUAGUGUUGUCUUUAGAGUACAUGCAGACUUAUGAGGUGGAUCAUAUAAGCAAUGAUAUUGUGCAAUAUUGUGACCUGUGGUGUUUUGUAGAUUCACCUACAUCUCAUAAUGUGUUCUUCUAAACUAUCUAUGAAGGUACAAUAUCUUGUUUUUGUUUAUUUGGGUUAAAGUUUUACUGCAUUUAUGGAUUUUGUGUAUAAUCUUGGUUGAAAUAAAGGGUUUCCUAAUUUC